GUGUCCGUGCACGCAUCGGAUACCAAGUGUCUCUCGAACGCUCGCGACAGUAUUAAAUCAAACAGAUUUGGAGUCAAUUUUGUAUGCGAAGUACUGAAUCAAACACGUCUGAUACACUGUCAUUUGGACCUUAAGGUGUAUUGGGAAUUGGUUCUUGCGUUGAUCGGAAAUGGAAACCUCGGCUGCUAUUCAGGCUUCUUCAGUCGGAAUCGGAAGUGUUUCAGCUGCUCGGCCCGGUGUCAGGGGUUUCUCGAGGCCCCUGCUUUCUAACGCCUGGAUUCAGGCAAGGCAAUUUCCUCGUGCCAAGAUUUGCCUCAGAAAAGUUGGCCUCUCGAGCAGAAGGCACUCAGCCAUUCGAGCUUCUCUAGAACCUUCUGAUUCCGGCAAUUCAGAUGCUCCUAUUGCCCCCCUUAAGCUCGAAUCUCCAUUCGGCCAAUUCCUUUCGCAAAUACUAGUAAGCCAUCCGCAUCUUGUACCUGCUGCCAUAGACCAGCAGCUUGAACAGCUCCAGACUGACCGCGACGUUGCUGAACAAGGGAAGGAAGAGUCAUCUGUAUCUGGUACCGAUCUUGUGUUAUACAGGAGAAUCGAGGAGGUUAAAGCCAACGAAAGAAACAGAGCGUUGCAAGAGAUGCUUUACGCAUUGGUGGUACAGAAAUUCAUGGAUGCCGACGUGCGUUUGGUUCCCGACGUUACCUCCACAUCUCCCGGGCAAGAAGAUAAACUCGAGCGUGUCCAUUCCCCCGAGGCUUACGAGAUGAUUCAGAACCACCUGACGCUCGUUCUCGGAAACCGACCGGGCAAUUCCAACACGGUGGCGCAAAUCAGCAAAAUGAGAGUCGGCCAGGUCUAUGCAGCCUCCGUAAUGUACGGCUAUUUCCUCAAACGCGUCGACCAAAGAUUCCAGCUUGAGAAGAGCAUGAAAACUCUACCACAAGGAAUCGAUGAUCGAGAAACCAACAUCCGAAAAUUCGAGGACGGAACCUCUGCCAUGGAUUCUUCGAAGAAAUUCGAACCCCACCCCCACCCCCACCCCGGCGUCCAGUCAUGGUCUGCUAGCACCGGCGAGGCGGGGUAUUCGGGAAUAACGACUUCGAGACUACGGACGUACGUCAUGGCGUUCGACGGGGAGACGCUCCAGAGAUACGCGACGAUCAGAUCGAAGGAGGCGAUUAGCAUAAUCGAGAGCCACACGGAGGCGCUGUUUGGUAAAGCUGAGAUACCUAUGAAUCCCGUAGGGGGCGUCGAUUCUUCGAAGGACGAGCUUGUUAAGCUUAGCUUUGGCGGUUUGAGGAGGCUCGUUCUCGAAGCUGUCACUUUCGGGUCGUUCCUGUGGGACGUCGAGAGCUACGUCGAUUCGAGGUACCAUUUCGUUUUGAAUUAGCCUUGAUUGAUUCUGAUUGUUUCUGGGAAUGGGAAGGGAUGAUGCAUAAGAUGUGAAUGAUAAGGUUUAACGAUGAUGAAGUUUCUUCUUCUCUAUGCAUUUUGUUGUAUUGAUUUUACUUGUAUAUACACUCACUGUGGUUUAUGCAGUGGACAUAAUGUUCUUAGUUAGAAUAAUAAGGAUUCGAAUAUAUAUAUAUUAGUUUCAUUAA